CUGCUGCUGUGCCUGCUACUACCAGGAACCGGCCAUGGCCCAGCAAACUGGCGUUGAGCUGGAGCGCGAGUACGUGUGGGACGACCUGCACCGGAACUGCGUGAACGCGCUGCACGGCCAGACCAAGAAGGAGUUCGACGCGUCGAUCUUGAGGUACGCCGCAUACUUUGCCCAGGAGAAGAUCAACCUGCCUGGCUUCGAGAAUUUCUUCUUCCACGUCGCCGGCGAGGAGCGCGAGCACGGCAUCAAGCUGAUCGAGUACGCCCUGAUGCGCGGAAAGGAACCGGUCAACAAGAACACCUUCCAGCUGGACUAUAGCUACAAGGUCCCGGCCGUCACCACCGGAUUGUCCGCUCUGGAGGAUGCCCUGAAGAAGGUGCAGGAAGUCACGCUCAGCAUUCGUAACCUGAUCAAGACCUGCGAGGGAGACAAUAACGACUACCACCUGGCCGACUACCUGACCGGAGAGUACCUGGACGAGCAGCACAAGGUACAGCGCGAACUGGCCGAAAAGAUCGCCACGCUGCGAAAGAUGACCGGCAGUGACGACGCCCCGAAGGAGGCGAGGAAGCUGGCCGAGUUCCUGUUCGACAAGAACCACAUGUAAAGUCAAGACUCUCAAUAGGCGCGCCGGAGUGGCACAGAUUGGAUUCGUAUGUUUGUGCUAAAUCGAGGGAGAUUAACGUGAUAUAAAGCACCACCCCGCCUUGUCAACAAUGUUU